AGGUUAUAUCAACGGGCAUCAUUCAUCUGCUCUGGUUGUCACUGCAAGAGAAGACGAAGACGAGAAGUAGAGAGAGAAAAUGGAGGCAGCCAUAGAAGUCCAGCCAGUGAUCAAAGUCGCGGCUUUGUGCGGUUCCCUUCGCAAAGCUUCCUUCAAUCGCGGCCUCAUCCGUUCUGCGAUCAAGAUUUCCAAGGAAGCGAUCAAUGGUAUGGAGAUAGAGUAUGUGGACAUCGCGCCGCUGCCGAUGCUCAACACGGAUCUCGAGGUCGACGGAACGUAUCCGCCUGCGGUGGAAGCUUUUCGCCGGAAGAUUCUCGAAGCCGACAGUAUUCUCUUUGCUUCGCCGGAGUACAAUUACUCUGUCACUGCUCCUCUGAAGAAUGCAAUUGAUUGGGCCUCUAGACCACCAAAUGUAUGGGCUGACAAGCCUGCUGCAAUCAUUAGCACAGGAGGGGGUUUUGGAGGGGGACUAUCGCAAUAUCAUCUCCGCCAGAUCGGUGUUUAUAUUGAUCUCCAUUUCAUCAAUAAGCCCGAGUUCUUCUUGAACGCAUUCCAACCUCCAGCAAAGUUCGAUGCGGAAGGCAACUUGAUCGAUGAAGACGCCAAGAAGAGGAUAAAGGAGGUUAUUCUAUCCUUGCAAGCAUUUACUAGGCGGCUUCAAGUUACAAGUAAUCAUGAUUAGAGGAAUAUGGAGGAUAAUAUGGCUAAGGACACUGUACAAGCAUCCACACUAUCUCCCCUUCGUCAUCAACUGUCUUCAUGUUCAGAUCAACAACCUCUCCAGAAGCUAAUUCCUUCACAUUUGGAAGCCAGCAAAAUCCAAUCACGCCACAAAACUCAUUUUUCCAAGUUUCCAAUAGUCUAGAUUAUAAUGCUGGUGGGAGCAUCUCACUAGGCAUUAAUAGUGGUGAUAAAAAGCUAAUCCCUUCAAGAGCUAAUCAUUUCCCAUUUGGAAGUCAACAGAAUCUAGUCUUGCCACAAAACCUAUCUCCUUUGCAGGCUUCCAAUAGUCUAGAUUUGAACACUAGUGGGGGCUUCUCAUGGAACACUAGUAGUGGUUGUAAGGCUAAUCAAAGAAUGGUGAAAGUUAAACACCCUCGACGAAAAAAGUAAAGACAUAAAAUGUUAUAGUAGUUAGUUUCCUUUUCAGAGGCCUUAGUUAUAUGGGGUUUGAUGGGCAAAUUAUUUUAUGGUGAGACAUGCAAAUGCACUACAACUAAGUAACUAGAUACUCACUUUUUAUUUAAUCAUGAGUCUUUUUAUGUGCC